GCUUAAUAAGCAGAAUAAAAUUUCGUAAAAGCAGGGUUCAAUACCACCUCAGCUGUGGUGACCCUUAAAACCUGAACAACAACAUUAACUCUUGAUAAAUUGCCUUAACUAGAAGAGGAGACAGUUUGAGAUUCACUUAUAAGAGCAUGAUUAUUGGAUUGAAAUAUUAUCCCAAAUUGAUGUGGAUCACCCCAUUAAUCAAGUGUGUCACUGGUGCAUUGGCUCCUUUGUCUCGUGGAAUGACCUCUUCGGCCUCUGAUGAUGGUGGUGCCAGUAGCAGAAGUUCGCCCAAAAAGGCUAAAACUCCUAUAGAUAUGAAGAAGAAACUGUCUCAGUUGCUCAUCACAAUGUUCUUCUCAAGGAAGCCUGCCACUACUCCUGCUAACUCUGACUCUAGUGAUGUCGAUGAUCCACUGUCUAUUAUCGGCAGUGACGCUGGCAGUGAAGAGUUAGAAUCCACACACUAGACUUAUCGUGCCGUGCAGUUACACUUCAUAAUAUCACCUCCAUUCAACUGUCAUCAGUAACUGCAUGGCUAACUAUCAUCAUCAUCACAAUUCAUCCGAGUUCGUCUGCCUAACCUUAUGAGUGGUGAGUAUUUUGUUUGUUCAUUAUUUGUUAUUAAACCAUAACAUAUAUGUAUAUACAAUACAUGUAUGUAUUUUACAAUGUUUUCAUGUGUUUUUUGAUUGUUCAUGGUUCAGUAGGUUAAGGAAGCAGUAUUGUUAGGCUAAGUAAAUGCUUAAAUAACAAAAAGGCACAAUACCGUGACUGGAACGAUACACAAAUAACCCGCACAUAAGUAAGUAAAUGCUAUUAUUAUAUUUCCCUACAAUAUAUUUGUGCACCAAACAUUCACGAAUUUUCAACGUUCAUGAGGUUCUUUAUCCCCUAACCCUCGUGAAUGUGGCGGGCCACCUGUAUAUACAUCAAAUUGCAUCUUAUUCACAACACAAAUGCCACAUAUGUUCACAAUAAAUGUAUUUCGUAUAUUUUUACCUGAAAAAGCAUUGCUUUUUUAUAUUACAUGGUUUGGUAUUGCAGUAAGCAUAUCAUUGUCCAACAACAAUAUAUGCAUCACACUCUCACUAUAAUUAAUUCAUCCAUUACCUUAUACAAUAUGCUCAUCAUACAGUCAGAUAUAAUACAGUUAAUGCAUCAUACAGAUGGCAACAAAUGCAUUAUAAGCUUCUAAAAAUUAAUAUAUCUGUACAACAAAUGUAUCACAACCAUUUAAUCAGUAAGAAUAC